AUGACCCACCGACAUUGCUUCGAAUCUUUAGAUCGUAGCAUGCGUGACAUUCUUGGGGAGACAGACUAUUCGUGUUUUAAUAGGUUGUUUGGUGGUAAGACCGUGGUGCUCGGCGGAGAUUUCCGCCAAGUGCUACCUGUGGUCGAGGGCGACAGCAGGUUAGACACCAUUGAUGCAUCCAUAACUAACUCUUAUCUGUGGAAUCAUGUUAAGAUUCUAAAGCUAACAAUCAAUAUGCGCUUACUUGAGAUGUCUCGCAGUGGUUUGCCAACUGAUCAGGUGAGAGCAUUUAAUGAUUGGGUGUUGAGUAUUGGGGAUGGCAAUCACUACACGAUGGAGUACACCUUGGUAUCACAGAUUAAUCCAACAAGGCACAAUUGGACCAUCAAGGUUAGAGUUGCUAGGAUGUGGAAACUAUCUUCGACUCCUAAGUGGAAGGGUGUAACUGCCAUGGAACUUGUUCUGGUUGAUGAAGAGGGCGUGGGUAUUACCGCUUGCAUCGGGUAUAAAGACCUUAGCAAAUUUGCUGAUUCUUUAUUUGAAGGCAGCUCCUAUAUGAUUAAAAAAUUCCAAGUUAGCAGGCAAGCAAGGAAGUAUAGCCCUGUACCGAACCCACAAACAAUCUAUUUUACACCGUGGACUGUCGUAGAGGAGAUACCUACAGAGCUGGCCACCCAGCUUCCCCUCUAUGUUUUCAAUUUUGUGGACUUUGAGGAAUUAACCCAUAGACGGAGGAACGGACAUGGCCUAGUAGGUGACAUGGUGUUUGGAUUCCCAACAGAUGUUAUCGGACAACUUACAGUCAUACAUCCGGUGCCCAUUGCCAAAGUAGGUGCCACAACAUGUGCGAGCGGUGAUGGCACUAAAUGGUACAUGAACAUUGACCUUCCAGAAAUGAACACUUUUCGUGUUAGUUUACAGGGAAGAGGCUCCAAAGUUGUGUUCCUGCCCGGCGAUGAAGCAAGCGCCAACAGGAAAACUGUUGCUGAGCUCCUAGCAUUGGAUCCCCAUGACAGCAAUGGUGUUCGUUUCACCUGCAACGCAAUCAUAAGAGAAAUAGACGUUUCCAAUGGUUGGUGGUAUAAAGGUUGCAAUACAUGCAAGCGGGGGCUGAAGGCUACUUUCGAUGGCUUUGAAUGCACUAACUGCGAUGAGGCUAAACCAGUGGUUAUUCCCAGCUAUAAGCUAAGUGUGAUCAUCGAGGAUACCACUGGCCGCGUGAAAAUAUUUCUCUUCGGAGGAGUAGCUGAACAGGUUGUUCGGCGGACUGCCGCUGAGCUUGUUGAAGAAAGCUCAUCCAAUCAGAUUUUGCUGCCUGCACCCCUUCGCGGCCUUGUUGGUCGAAAGUAUGUCUUCCAGGUGGUUAUCAGUGAGCAAACCUUUAGGACUGGGCAGCUCUGCUUCCAAGCUAGGAGGGUGUUCCCUGAUCCAACGUCUGCUGAGGCUCAUGGUCCUACCGGACGUUCGCCGCAUGAUCCUAGGGAUCCCAAAGCUAUGAACAAGAUUGGGACAUCAAGUGUUGCCUCUGGAAAAGACGACCAGGCACACGUUCUUGUCAUUCCUGAGGUUCCUAACAAUGCAGAAGUAGCUGAUACCAAAACCUCAUCCAGCAAGGGGAAGGAGGUACCCUCUGAUGUCCAUGAGGAGCAUGGAACUAUUCUAGGCAAGAGACCGAGGUCUGCUCGUAGGGAUCUAUUCCCUGCAAAGAAAGCCGGAGCAAGUGGCUUCAACAUUACCACAAACUCACAAUGCAAGAGCGUUACGACUGAUCAUUUUUAUGCACGUCUCUAUUUUGAGAUCUGGAAACGGGUUGCUAAGCAGAAGAUGAAUUUCAAAGAUGCUUUGGAUGAAGUGAAGGACAAAGCCAUGUGGCCCUUCAACUGGGCUGAAGUGAAAACUGAGAUAGAAACUGAUAAUCUUGAAGAAGGUGAUGAAGCUUAUUGGUUGAUCGUGGAGGCUGUCAAAAAAAUUGUUCCAAGGCUCAAGACCUAUUAUGACUAUGCCAAAAAGAAGUUGGGUAUUGCAGAGAAAUUGGGUUUGAUCCCCUCCAUGCCCCACACAGAUAAAGCAAAAGUUCUUUAUGGAGAUCAUCAUCCUCUUUUGCUGGGCUAUCUGGAUGAGCAGGAACAACUUCAUUUUCAGGCAGAUCCCUCCUUCUACCCAAAGGGUGCAAAAACAUCUUCAGGAUUGAGCUAG